AUGUCUGCUGGUAAUCUGCGCAUUCACGGAAAGUGCUUCUCGUUAUCGUUGUGUCGCGUCGAUGGUCGAGUCGCGAUUUCCGUGACGCCAGGUGAAGAGAGAUCAAAAGGGAUCUCCUUGAAAAACUCGCCGGUACUAAGGAAUCGAUCGUCGUCGAAGGUGCCAAUUAUCAUCUCCAAAUCAAGGGCUAUUCAUGUCGCAAGCGGCUGUCACGCCAACCCAAGCAACUUGUACACCUCCAGCCGACCUCAUAGAAGCUUGCGCCGCGCAGCUCGAAUUGGCGGUUCUGUGAGUCGCAUCAAUGGAGACCAGCCGUCGACGGUGAAUGCGAACGCGUAGUAGACGGUGCCGGGAAAGGCACAGGAUGAGGCGAUCGCGGGGGGGCAAGGGGGCGGUUUGGAUGGUGAGGCGGGAGUUCAAGAUCUCGAGGUUACUCUCCAGGUUGUAUGGCUGGGUUCUGGUUGCGUUGCUGUUGCAUGGCAUGGAAUACAGUGGAGAAGCAAGCCAAGUACGGAGCACGCUAUUCGCGUCGGCUCGGGAGCGGGAGUUUGGUGGAAGCGGGCGGCAGUCAGUUGA